AUGCCAGCUCCCCAUUCUCGCGCUACAGUACUCGUGUAUGGUGCUGGAGGAGCUCUAGGACGCUCCGUCGUGAACGCCUUUUACCAGGCUAAGUGGCAUCGUAUAAUCGCUGUAGACUUUAACGACCGAGUACCAGGAGCCACCGAUACGAUCAAGCUAGACCUGGGCAUGAACAUGGAAGAGUGUCACUCUAGGAUCGUGAAAGAGGCUGGUCUGCUAGGAGGCCAGCCGCUCGACUCUUUGGUCUGUGUCAGCGGUGGCUUUGCCAUGGGAGGCGCCAAUGACGACGCAAUCUUCGAGUCUGUGAAGGCUAUGUAUUCCUCCUCGGUAUAUCCCAGUUUCAUCUCGGCCAAGCUUGCCGGGGACUUCCUCAAGCAGAAUGGCUUGUUGCUACUCCCAGGUGCGGCUUGCGUAGAGAGACCAACUCCCUGGGGCUUAGCCUAUGGCAGUGCCAAAGCCGCCGUGCACCAUCUCAUCGGGAGUCUUGCUUCUGAUGCCACCUUGAGGGCUAAGGUCGGCACCCUAGUUGUUGGUAUCGCCCCGGUGACUCUAGACACCCCAGGAAAUCGUGAAGCCAUGCCCAACGAGGAUUGGUCGGCUUGGACGAGCUGUGAUGAGUUGGCGGAAAGGAUUGUCGCUUGGAGUGAGGGUACUGUCACUGCCGACAAUGGUGCUAUAUAUAAGCUCAUAACUAAAGGAGGUGAGACAGACUAUGUUAUCAUGUGA